AUGAAACGCAAAUACGACACAACUCAAUUCUAUUUACGAGGUCGACCAAUGGUAAAUCCAACGAUGCAGUCGGUGUCUGCAAAGGAAGGAGACGCUUUAGAAGUCGCUGUCGAAUUUUGUGCAGAACCAUCUUAUACCAAGCUCCUCUGGCUGUCUUCUGAGAGUGUCUACGUACCCGGAGGCAACGCCCGAGAUGAUGUUCGAGUCUUAGAAGUCGAGAAUGGUGAAAUAAAUGCUUGUUUCAAAACAACAUUACAAAUUGACGCCGUCCAAUUGUCACAUUCAGGCGAGUGGAUGCUGAUUGUUCGUUCACCUGCUGGCGUCGCUGACGCAUCUGUGUCAGUAAGCGUCACACGUACAUCUAGUUUUAGUGGUGACUGCAUCUCUAACAGUAACAUUGCAACACUGUUCCUUUGUCUGGUAUUCAUCACACUCUAUCCUCAACAACGUUAA